ACUAGGCCAAGAAAAAAAAAAAACCUCUGGCAUUAUGUAAAAACAACAACAACAAAAAAGUGAAGUAAAAAUCUUCCAGAGAAGCAAAGUAGAUGGAGGAUGGGGCAAUGUUACUAUGAUUUGGUUAAACAAGGUGUAAUACGGAACUCUGGUGUCAUAUAUUGCACUCACAGGAAGUGAAUAGAAAAGCUGAAGUGAACUUCAGAGAGAACUGACAUCUCCUUCUGUUGAAGCCAUCCCAGGUUUCAUUGCGACAAAGGAGAAAUUCAAGUCUAGAAGAUGCCUGUUCCGCCUCCUCCACCUCCGCCACCUCCGCCAACAUUUUCUUUGGCAAACACAGAGAAGCCUUCUUUGAACAAAACAGAGCAGGCAGGACGAAAUGCUUUAUUGUCAGAUAUUACCAAAGGGAAAAGGCUGAAGAAGGCUGUUACCAAUGAUAGGAGUGCCCCAGUUCUUGACAAACCAAAAGGGGCAGGUGGCGGAGGUGGUAGCUCUGGUUUCUCCAGUGGUGGCAGUGGCAGCUGUAACAGCAGCAAUAGCUAUGGUGGAGGUGGACCACCUGGCUUAGGAGGAUUGUUCCAGGCGGGGAUGCCAAAACUUAGAUCUACAAGUAGAGAUAAUGAUUCUACAGGAAACAGAGCUCCAGUGUUUCCACCUGGAGGGCGAGCAACAUCUGCAAAGCCUUUUUCACCUCCAAGUGGAGUAGGCAGAUUUCCGGGCCCUUCUGGAUUAAGAGCUCCAGCUCCAGAACCACAGAGAAACCGAAUGCCUCCCUCAAGACCUGACAUUGGCUCCAGGCCUGACACGGGUGCUCCUCCUGUGCCAAAUACUCCAAGACCUAUCCCAUCCAGUCUAUACAACAGGGGGCCUCCCCCUGUGCCAGGGGCCAGCAGACAAGCCAGCUUAGGGUUUACCCCUCCACCUUUCCCAGGAAAUAGAAAUCCAGGGUCUGGAGGAUCCAUUCGACAAUCAUCACCAGUUAGUCCUCCUUCUCCCUUCUCAAACAGGCCUCCUCUCCCUCCAGUACCAGGUAGACCAACAGAAGAUAAGACGCCUCCACCAUUACCUCCAACUGGAAACAGGCCAUCUUUCAGCAGGGAAGCUUCCCUGCCACCUCCCCCACCUCAAAACCACAAGCCACCAAUUCCUUCCACGCCACGGCCACCUGCAGUAUCUCAGGUUCCUCCUCCUCUUCCCCCAAGUCGGCCAGGCCCACCUCCAGUUCCACCGACAUCUGGCGGAAAUGAUGAAAUGCCGCGGCUCCCUCAAAGGAACAUAUCACUAGCCCCUCCUCAACCUCCAAGUUUGCCUGGCUCCAGUCGUCCUGGGCCUCUGCUUCCUCCCCCAGUUGAGAGGCCACCACCUCCUGUAAGGGACCCACCCAGCAGGUCAGGAUCUCUCCCUCCACCUCCACCUCCACUAACCCGAAAUGGAAGUACUUCCAGGGCACUGCCAGCUACUCCCCAGCUUCCCACAAGAGGAGGAUUUGAAAAACCCAGAGCCGGGGCUGCGCCCCCACUUCCUCCUGACAGGCCAGGUUCUGGAGCACCACCACCUCCUCCUCCACCACUACCCUCAUCUGCCCUCCGAAAUGGAUUCCAGGAUUCAUCCUGUGAUGAUGAGUGGGAAAGCAGAUUUUCCUUCCAUCCUCUGUCUGACUUGCCACCUCCAGAGCCAUAUGUGCCUAUGAACAAGAGUUAUCCUAGUAAAUUGGCAAAAAAUGACAAUAGAAGUGGAUCCUGUCGCAGAGAAAGAGGUGCUCCACCACUUCCACCAAUCCCACGGUGAAGUGGCCUUCUAAUUCCUUUCAGGAUGACUGUUAUCCUUACAUGUUUCUUGAACCUCUCCAUGCAUUCAGAAUGCUCUUUCUCCUACAGCACUUUUGAGCACAACUCCCCACCUUUAGGUCAAGUUAUUUCUUUUUAUUUUCCCAUUUAAUUUGGUGAAGCUGAAGGACUUGCUUUGGAUGGCCUGCCUACCUUGGUUUAGAUACAGGCUGGCUGUGAUCUUAUUCCCCAUUUCUUGGCAUUAAGUUCUACUGGUACUAGUGGAACUUGCUUCCAAUAAAGUGCUCUGGGCCUGGGUGGACUAUAGUAUUCUUGCCUUGAAAACUAUCUUUGAAACUUGUUGGAAACUAUCGUUCGGUGCAGUUCUGCUCAGCCUUGUCAUCAACAAGGAGAGAAAAGCUGCCUUGGCUUAUAGCACAAUAUUCUUAGACGUAAUUCCUAGAGAUGAAAAUCUUCCAUAUUUCUAUGCAUGGAAACUUGGUUCACUUUUUAAACUGUAAUCUCUGUGAAAUUACUGAUCAAUUUGAUCUGGCCCGUUUGACCAUUAAAAAAAUGUGGCACAGUAAUUGCUACAUUCCACCUCUAGAAGGAAAUUGGGAUAAUUAUGUGACAAUUUCUCAGGCAAUCUGUUUGAUCUGUAAUGAAUUGUAGCCUUUCAGAGACCAAAAGAAUGUUGCCAUCAAGAUCGCUUAUAACUCCGGUUACAGCUUUCACAAAUUCAUCUCAGUCUAGCUGCUGGGCUCAAUUGGAUUGAAGUGGAGAAUUGAAAAAGACUGUGCACUCGGUCAUUAGGUUGGAAUGCUGGAAGUGUCGUUGUCAUCUUGAGGAUUACACCAUCACUUCACUAAUGGUUAUACUAUCAGACCUCCCUUCUGAGAUGUGUCUUACCCCAAAGCCUCCCAUUUAUAUGUUAUGUCGUUUACUAUACCAACCUGUAUUUUGAUCCACAAAAGACAGAUACUCAAGAAUUAUUUCGUGCACCCAAGUAUCAAAGAAUGCCACUAAGACUUUCUGUGACUUUUUGCUAACAUCUGUAUCCUGAACCUCCAUUUUUAUUAUGGUACAAGUUGAAACUUUUGAGUAUGGUAAGUUUUUAUUUGGCUCAUAUAUGCUUCAAACAGCUUUUCUUUCCUUUUGUGUGGCAGUUACUAAUCAAACAUCCUUCUUACCUUUUUUUUUUACUGUCUCUUCUGAAUGGUGUGCAAAUGUGAUUUAUCUCUAUGUGUGUAUUAAUGG